CUGGAACAUUGGAAACUUCGUUGGAACUGUCAAAUUAGUCAUCAUUUUUUACAUUUUAGUGACAAUCGCAGAACUAAUAUUUUGAUAUUUGAUUGAUCUUAACUUUCAUAUAGUUGAUUUCUGGAAUAGUGUUAAGUGAUAUAUAUUAGCUUUAUCCUUUUUUAUCAGUUUGCAAAUAGCAUUUGAUAUAAGAAAAAAAAAGUAAGCAUACACGCACGUACUAUACAUACAUAUGUUGAAUUUGUCUAGCCCAACCCAGACAAAAUACGUAGGUUUAAAUUUUUAAUCUACUGUUUCAAUCUUUUAAUUUUUUAUUCAUAAAUAAUAUCGGACAAAAAUAAUAAGUAUGGGCGACAAUAAUGAACAAAAAGCAAUGCAAUUGAUGGCUGAAGCCGAGAAGAAAUUGCAAUACAAAGGUUUUUUUUCCAGUCUUUUUGGUGGGGGGAGUACAAGAUAUGAAGACGCUAUUGAAUGUUACCAAAGAGCUGGAAAUAUGUUUAAAAUGUCCAAAAACUGGAGUAAGGCUGGACGUGCAUUCUGCGAAGCCGCAAAUUUGCAUUUUCGUCUUGAAAGUAGACAUAACGCAGCAACAAUGUACAUUGAUGCUGCAAAUUGUUUUAAAAAAUCUGAUUUAGAAGAAGCAGUAUCAUGCUUACUAAAGGCUAUUGAAAUUUACAUUGACAUGGGAAGAUUUACAAUGGCAGCAAAACAUCAUCAAAAUAUUGCUGAAAUCUACGAAUCGAGUCCAAAUUUAAUAGAUAAAGCAAUUCAUCAUUACGAACAAGCAGCUGAUUAUUUUAAGGGAGAAGAAUCAACAUCGUCAGCUAACAAAUGUAUGUUAAAAGUAGCACAGUAUGCAGCACAAUUGGAAGAUUAUGAAAAAGCUAUCAAUAUUUAUGAACAAGUUGCAAGUUCAUCUCUAGAAAGCUCAUUAUUGAAGUACAGCGCGAAAGAGUAUUUUUUCAGAGCAGCUUUAUGUCAUUUAGCUGUCGAUUUAUUGAACGCUCAACAUGCAAUUGAAAAAUACGCACAACAAUAUCCGGCUUUUCAAGAUUCCAGAGAAUACAAAUUGGUUAAAAAUUUAUGUGAACAUUUAGAAGAUCAAAAUAUUGAUGGUUUUACCGAAACUAUUAAAGCAUAUGAUAGCAUUUCCAGAUUAGAUCAAUGGUACACAACAAUUUUAUUAAGAAUUAAAAAAGCAAACAACGAUGAUCCCGACUUACGAUAAAAUGAUAAAUGAUAAGGCAAAUUUAAAAAAAAAAAAAAUAAUAAAAUAAGAAUAAAUCGUUAUUUGAAAAUUUUAUAUGUAAUACUUUAAAUUUUAUUUAUAAAUACCUAUCGAUAAAAAUGGUAUAUUGUGAUUUUAUUUUUUUUGUUUAAAUUUCAUUGGAUAAAACGAUGUAAUACCAAGUAUUUACGACUUUUACUCAAUAAAUAAUAAAUGUAAAUGA